AUGGCCGUGAAAAAGGUCACACCAUCAACCAAUGCUAAUGCACUGUCCUCCGAUGUGGUUCAACCACCCAAGAUAUAUGCACUAUUCAACAUAUGGGUGGUAUCACUUGCCUUGAAACUCCUAUUGAUGGUUGGUUACCACUCUACCGACUUUGAUGUACAUCGAAACUGGCUAGCCAUAACCAACAAGUUGCCACUAUCGCAGUGGUAUACAGAAAACACAUCAGAAUGGACACUAGACUACCCUCCUUUUUUUGCAUUUUUUGAAUGGUUUCUAUCACAGUUUGUUCCUCCACAAGUAGCCAGGGAUGGAUGUUUGGAUAUUGUCGAAAAGGGCCAGUACGGAUUACCAACGGUUUACUUUCAGAGAGCCACAGUCAUUCUAAGUGAGAUAGUCUUGUUUGUGGCAUUGCAAUGGAUAAUUGAUACCUCACCCACCCAUGCACUUCGAAGAAGAAUGUAUGUUGCAACUGCCAGUCUCGCAUUGUCCCCAGGGUUGAUGUUGAUUGACCAUAUACAUUUUCAGUAUAAUGGGAUGAUGUAUGGGAUAUUGCUAAUUUGUUUAAACAGUGCUCGUUUGGAAAGAUACCUUUUAUGUGGAUUUUGGUUUGCUGUCUUGCUUUGUUUCAAACAUAUUUAUUUGUAUUUGGCACCAGCGGUGUUUGUUUUCUUGCUACGUGCUUAUUGCUUAAAGUUCGAAUGGAGCAGGAAACGUAACAUUGUUGCUAAUUUGGUCAACAUUAUACAGUGGAAAAAUGCAUUCAAGCUUGGAUCUGUUGUCAUUGCUGUAUUUGCAGCAGCAUUUUUACCAUUUUACAACACGUUGCCACAGUUACUUAGCAGAUUGUUUCCCUUUAGUCGUGGACUUACUCAUGCAUAUUGGGCACCUAACAUGUGGGCCAUCUACUCAUUCUUUGAUAGAGUUUUGAUUCAAGUAUACAAGAAGAUCCCGGUAUCGCGAUUUUUAUUAAAACGAGUGUUUCAAUUUGAUGCAAGCUUAUUGAGCCAAGACGAGUUGCUAAGAACGUCGACAAGAGGAAUCGUUGGAAACAUCGAAUUUUUCAUUCUUCCCGAAAUUACGCCAAAACUCACGUUUCUUUUAACAUUGUUUUACCAGGUAAUGGCACUCAUUCCGUUGUUUUUCCAGCCAACAUACCGCAAGUUUAUUGGAGCAGUGACGUUGUGUGGAUAUGCAUCUUUCUUGUUCGGCUGGCAUGUUCAUGAAAAGGCUAUUUUGCUUGUUAUAUUUCCCUUGACGUUGAUUGUUUCUCGUGACAAGAGAUUGUUGCCUGCAUACAAUCUACUCGUUGCCUGUGGAUAUGGAUCGCUUUUCCCCCUCAUAUACACCUGUAACGAAUGGUUGGUAAAAGUCUUAUACACUUUGCUUUGGUACAUUGUGUUUUACUUCAAUUUUAGAAAAGUUGCUCGAGUUCCUAAAAAGACAAGUGGUUCGAUAAUAGACCGGGUUGUUAAUGGGUAUAUUUUAAUAUUUAUCUUUGUUGUUUCCAUCACAAGUAUUAUUGAUUUGUUGCUGAAUAAGUUUUUGAUUUUGCGGAAGUUUGAAUUUUUGAACUUGAUGGUCUACAGCGUUUAUUGUAGCAUAGGUGUUAUAAGCAGCUGGAACACAUUUUCGUGGCUAUAUUUCGUUGAUGACGAGAUAUGGACGGAGGAUACAUAA